CAACUGGGCAAGAUUGUAGAGGAUCCAUCUUCUUCGUUAGACGAUGGCACUAAUGAUUAUAAAGUUCCAACUGCAGGAGCAGGAGCAACAGCUACAGCAGGAAAGCGAAUGGUUCGCUUACUCCACCGUCCAUGGGCUAAAACGGAUCCAAAAGGAGGCUUCAAUGGAUCAGGAACUACAGGAGAGCUGAAAGUUUUGAAAGUCGAG